AUGUUGAUUAUCUUUGGCUACACUAAUGAUUUAUGUAUUGCUUUACAAAGAAAGGAACAAGAUAUUGUUAAUGCCAUUAGACUUGUUAGUACUACAAAAAAUGUGUUGCAAAAGAUGAGAGAUGAAGGAUGUGAUAAUCUCUUAAAAAAAGUUAUUACAUUUUGUACUAAACACGAGAUUGAUGUUCCAUCUAUGGAUGCUUAUUAUGUGCCUCAAGGAAGAGGAAGACGUUUUGUUCAACAAGCUACAAAUCUACAUCAUUUUCGGGUUGGAAUCUUUUUGGAAGUAAUUGAUUUGCAUCUUCAAGAGCUUGAUAACUGUUUUAAUGAGAUUAACAUGGAGUUACUUACAUGCAUGGUCUCUCUAAGUCCUCAAGGUAACUUUUCAUCUUUUGAUAAAGAGAAGAUACUUAAACUUGCUUCUUUAUAUCCCGAGGAGUUUUCAUGUAAUGAUUUAACGGCUCUUGAUCUUCAACUCGAUGUGUUCUUGGAUGCUAUGUUAAACGAUCAAAGAAAUUAUAAUUAG